AUGGCGGCGCUAAUAGCUUCACGUCUAGCAAAGACCAUUUGGGAUGAGUUCAAGGUCAAGCCAUCUUCUGUGACUUUGUGGACAGAUGCGCAAAUCGUAUUGCAUUGGUUACGCACAGAAUCCAUCAAUAUGAAGCCCUUCGUAGGAGUGCGUGUGGCAGAAAUUCAAGGCACAUGGAGCCCAGAACACUGGAGAUAUGUACCGACACAUCUCAACCCUGCAGAUGACAUCAGUAGAGGAAUAGCAACUGCAGACAUCAACGGUCGAUGGAUGCAUGGACCAUCAUUUCUGAAAGAGGACAAAGAUAUAUGGCCGACUGAACCAUCACAGACCGUAAAAGUGGACACAGAGUGCAAAACUGUUAAAUAUAUUUGUGUUGUUCAGAAGAAGGAACCCGUGGUCGAUGCAGAGAGAUUUUCCAGUUGGCAGCGCCUGUUGCGUGUGACGUCAUACUGCUUUAGAUUUAUCCAUAACAUUCGGCGAAGAUCACAAGACCGUCUGGACGGCCCGUUGCAUAGUUCAGAAGUAGAAGAGGCAAGACUUUACUGGAUUAAAGAGGCACAACAAUAUAUGGAUGACUGGAAAACCAGACUUCUUGAUUUGAAUCAUUUCGUCACGAGUGACAUCAUCAGAGUUGGUGGUCGACUGAAGAAAUCUCAAUUACCUUACGAGAGUGUACAUCCAAUACUGCUUCCAUCAGAUCAUCAUAUUUUAAAGCUGAUUAUGCGAGAUUUUCAUGCCAAAUCCUGUCAUGCGGGAACAGAGAGAACCUUAUGCGAUUCACGUCGGGAAUUUUGGAUUCUCCGAGGACGACAGAUUGCAAAGAACAUCGUCAGCAAGUGCACCAUGUGCAGAAAACUUCGACAGCCGCCUCAUUCGACAUUGAUGGGCGAUUUACCUUCUGACAGACUUCGCCCCUUCGAACCACCUUUCUCAGUGACAGGUGUUGACUUAUUUGGCCGGUUUUUCUUGAAGUACGGAAAAAACCAGUCCAAGAAGGCGUGGGGAGCUAUAUUUACUUGUGCGACUAGCAGAGCAGUACACCUGGAAAUUGUGGACAAUUUGUCCACUGAAGCGUUUCUACAAGCUUUACGCAGAUUUUUUAUCUCAUCAUGGAUGGCCACACACCAUCAUCUCCGACAACGGAACGUCAUUUACUGGAGCACAAAAAGAGCUGAAGGCUUUGGUCAAUGA